AUGUCUAGAUUAGAUUUUACUCAGGACUCAUCUUCAAAGCGAAGUAUAAUUCUUGAUAAGGACUAUGAAUAAAGGCUGAAGCUCUAUAAUUCUAUUUAUCAAGGGGGUUUCAAGAUGAACAUUUCUCAAAACACUUUGAGAAAUGAAAACCUAAAGUAUAGUUUCCCUUAAGCUCCGCGAUUUGAUAUAUAAGGAACAGAUAAUUACUAUGAUAUUCCAAGUACUCUUUAGAAAAGACAUACUAAUUUUGGCAUUGGUAAAAAAGAUGCCAGCUAUAUAAGAAAAUCUGAAUGUCCUUCACCAAACCAUUAUAAACUAAACAGAUUAUUUGACAAUGAAGUCGAUGAGAUAAUAUCAAAGUAAUCUGGAAGGAAGCUAAAGUAUUGUUCAUUUGGACUUCCUUACAAAUAUUAUGAGAAGGCAGUGGUAGGUCCUAUUGAAACAUAACCAUCAAUUAAUAAAUCAAGAGCAGCUUCUUAGGUAUCAUUUUUAAAUGGGAAUUAGUCACCAGGACCAGGAACUUAUGAAGCUAAGUCUUCACUAAAAGGAAAGGAUAUGAAAAUAGGGAGACUCUUCAAGCAAGCAUCUUUUCUUUCAUAAAUGGAAAGGAUCUCAAGGGAAAAUCCUCCGCCUGCAUAAUAUAAUCCAUCCUAUUCUCAGAUUGAAAACAGCAAGUAUAAGCACAUUGGGUUUGGAAUUGGAAUGAAAAUGGCCCCGAUGUUAAAACUAGCCAGUGCCAAGAAAGCAGAAAGAAUGUAUCUCAAUAUAUCAGAGAGUGAAGUUAGAAUGGCUCCUGGACCUGGAACGAUAACAAAUUAAAGUAAAUUAAGAAGAGCUUUAAUUGAGUAGUUUAAUGAGGAUGCUCUUGAAAGAAUGUCUCAGAGCUUCCACGUUCAAGGAACAUAUAAUACAAGCAAGAAAAGGCUAAGAAGAAAAUCUGGAAGGUUCAGAUCUAAAAAAUAGUCUGGGCUAAAUUUACCAAUUCAAAAAGAUCAAUAGCAUAGUAGUAGCAAUAGAAUAAAUAGCAGCAAUAGGAUUGAACAUAAAACAUCCAUCCCUUCGUUCUUAAUUUGA